UGCAACAGAGCCGAGCUAUGAAAAGGACGUCUUGGUUCGGCGCGUCGUGAUAUAAUAAGGCCUUAAGGGUUAAGUAAUCGGAUCUCCUACUUUAUAUGUAAAGUCCGUAUAAAACCCACCUGGUUGGAACAGUCGGUUUUCGCUUCGCACGCGAUCCGGUUCGACAUGAAGCAAUUGUUUAUAACAAUAUAUUUCUGCGUGCUAUUCUACCGAUUGGUCACCGCUCCGGACCCGAUCGGUCCCAUCCGGGCCUUCAUCCAGACGAACCUGGUCGGUCUGCCGGUCAUCCACAACCGGCAGACGUGGGACUUCGACCCCGACGUAGCGCUGAGAAGACGGCGCCAGUUCGUGGCACUGCAUGGGGACAAAGGUGAAAGACUGAUAGAACGACUGGGACUGGGUGUAGACGGGUAUGAAGAUGAACGGCUGCUCAAACAGAGGCUAAGAGAUGAGGGGCAUUUGGGGGGAUUGAACUACUUUUUACCUUGAUUUUUAUUUACUAAUAUUAGAAAUUGUAUGUUAAGUUUCUUAGAUUAAAUGAAAAUGUU